AUGCGCACAUUCACCCUCCGCAUACGUCUUCGGCCAAUCAUCUCUUCUCACUUCACCCGACUCACUCGGUACUCCUCCUUCGGCCUGAGUGAGUCCAUGCUUCGGUCUGGCGGCCAAUGUCUGGCCAGACAUGAUUGUUUAACAGACUUUUUCGACUGCUUUCACUCUCAAGGCAGCGUCAUACCAUCGGUUCGGCUGCCUGGCAGAGCGAUGCAAUCGCCGCACUGGCCAAUGCUCAUUUUCACUGGCCACAGGCUGCUCGUCUGCCAUGGCACAGGCACAAGUACAGACACACAGACAGAGACAGAUACAAGCACUGGUCGGGGCCUCGUGGCCUCUCCGUCCACACACUCCGCCUCGAGACUUCCCACGUCGGUCAGUUGGUGUGAUUGUAGUCUGCUCACAGAGCCGGAAGAAUGCGAAAACGCCUACAGACCAACUGGAGAUACAGACCUAAUUUGCUUGUCUGUCUGUGAGCACUCGAGGGAAUGA